AUGGCUCAAAACUCUGCCCAAAUCCCCACUGGGGAGUCCAAUGCCCCCGCCGCUCAGCAACCCCAGGCUGAGGGCGCCCAAGAUGCCUCUGCUGUUCCUAAGGUGAAGACCGAGAAGGAGCUUGAGCGUGAGCGUAAGAAGGCCGAGAAGGCGAAGAAGUUUGCUGAGAAGCAGGCCAAGGUCUCCAGCAAGCCCGCCGCCGCUCCCAAGGCCGACAAGAAGGCCGUCAAGGUUGAGAAGGACAAGACCGCAGACGCCUACGACCCCAUAGCUAUUGAGACCGGCCGACUCGAUUGGUGGGAAGAGCAAGACCUCUUCAAGCCUGAAUGGGGCCCCGAUGGCAAAGUUAAGCCCGAGGGCUCCUUCGUUAUCCCCAUUCCUCCCCCGAACGUUACCGGCUCCUUGCACAUGGGUCACGCCUUGACCAACGCUUUGCAAGAUACCAUGAUUCGCUGGCAGCGUAUGAAGGGUAAGACUACCCUGUGGCUUCCUGGAAUGGACCACGCUGGUAUCUCAACUCAGAGCGUCGUUGAAAAGAUGCUCUGGAAGAAGGAGAAGAAGACUCGUCACGACUUGGGACGUGAGGCCAUGGUCAACUUGAUCUGGGACUGGAAGGAUCAAUACCACGCGAACAUUAAGAACGCCCUCCGCCGUGUUGGUGGUUCUUUUGAUUGGUCUCGUGAGGCCUUCACCAUGGAUGAGAACCUGUCCGCUGCUGUGACUGAGACCUUCGUUCGUCUCCACGAGGAAGGUAUCAUUUACCGUGCUAACCGUCUGGUCAACUGGUGUGUGGCCUUGAACACCUCGCUUUCUAACCUUGAGGUGGAGAACAAGGAUCUUGAGGGCCGAACCCUCUUGGAUGUGCCUGGUUACGAUAAGAAGGUUGAGUUUGGUGUCCUGACUCACUUCUGCUAUGAGAUCGAUGGCAGCACAGAGCGUAUUGAGAUCGCCACUACUCGUCCUGAGACCAUGGUUGGUGACACUGGUAUUGCUGUCCACCCUACUGACAAGCGCUACGGACACCUGAUUGGCAAGAACGCGCGCCACCCCUUCAUCGACCGUUUGCUCCCUAUCGUCGCCGAUGACAGUGUCGACCCCGAAUUCGGUACCGGUGCCGUGAAGAUUACCCCCGCUCACGAUUUCAACGAUUUCAACCGUGGAAAGCAGCACAAGCUUGAAUUCAUCUCCGUCAUGAACGACGACGGUACUUUCAACAAGCACGGUGGACCUUUCGCCGGCAUGAAGCGUUUCGAUGCCCGUUAUGCCGUCAUCAACGCGCUGAAGGAGAAGGGCUUGUACGUGAAGUGGGAGCACAACCCCAUGAAGGUGCCCCGCUGCGCCAAGUCGAACGAUGUCAUCGAGCCUAUUCUUAAGCCCCAGUGGUGGAUGGCCAUGGAGACCCUUGUUGGGCCCGCUGUCGAUGCUGUGAAGAAUGGAGACAUUAUCAUCCGCCCUGAGAGUGCCGAGAAGAGCUAUUUCCGCUGGAUGAACAACUUGAACGAUUGGUGUCUGUCCCGUCAGCUUUGGUGGGGUCACCAAGCCCCUGCCUACUUUGUCAAGGUCGAGGGCGAGCAGGGCGAUGACAGUGAUGGCAACCUCUGGGUGACUGGUCGCACCGAGGAGGACGCUCGCAAGAAGGCUGAGGCCAAGUUCCCCGGAAAGAAGUUCGAGCUUGUGCGUGAUCCUGAUGUCUUGGACACCUGGUUCUCCUCUGGUCUGUGGCCCUUCUCGACUUUGGGAUGGCCCCGCAAGACUCACGACUUCGAGAACUUGUACCCCACCUCGGUUCUGGAAACCGGUUGGGAUAUUCUGUUCUUCUGGGUCGCACGUAUGAUCAUGCUCGGUAUCAAGAUGACUGGCCAGAUUCCUUUCAAAGAGGUCUACUGCCAUUCCUUGAUUCGUGACUCUGAGGGCCGCAAGAUGUCCAAGUCUCUCGGUAACGUCAUUGAUCCUCUGGAUGUUAUGGAAGGUAUUCAAUUGCAAACUCUUCACGACAAGCUGUUGCUGGGUAACAUGCCUGAUAAGGAGAUCGCCACUGCUACCAAGUACCAGAAGAAGGCUUUCCCCAAGGGUAUUCCCGAGUGUGGUGCUGAUGCCCUGCGCUUUGCCCUUGUUUCCUACACCACUGGAGGUGGUGAUAUCGCUUUCGAUGUCCAGGUCAUUCACGGAUACCGUCGCUUCUGUAACAAGAUCUACCAGGCUACCAAGUUCGUCCUUGGUAAGUUGGGCGACGACUUCAAGCCCCAGCCUAAAGUCACAAAGACUGGCAACGAGUCUCUCUCCGAGCGCUGGAUUCUUCACAAGCUUAACUUGGCUGCUAAGGAGGUCAACGAGGCCUUGGAGAACCGUGAAUUCUCUAGCGCUGCCAACAUCAUCUACCAAUACUGGUACGGCCAGCUCUGCGAUGUGUUCAUCGAGAACUCCAAGUACCUCUUGGCUGAGGAUGCCUCCGCCGAGACACAGGAGUCCGCCAAGCAGACUCUCUACACUGCACUGGAGGGAGCCCUGACAUUGAUCCACCCCAUCAUGCCCUUCGUGACAGAGCACCUGUGGCAGCGUUUGCCCCGCCGCCCUGAAGACAAGACCAUCUCCAUCAUGCGGGCUAAGUACCCCGAGUACCAAGCCGAGUUUGAAGACUCAGCCGCCGAAGCUGCCUACGAGCUCAUCUUGAACAGCUCGAAGGUUAUCCGCUCGAUCUUGGCUCAGUACGAUGUCAAGACCAAGGGCGAUGUCAUCAUCCAGACCUACGAUGCCACAAGCCAGCAGACUGUCUCGGAGCAGAUCACCACUAUCAAGUCAUUGGGUGGUAAGACCCUGGGCGAGCUGUCUCACCUUGGUCCCGACAACAAGACCCCACCGGCUGGGUGUGUCGUGGCUGCCGUUGGUGCUGAGGCUGCUGUCUACCUGCGUGUGACCAAGGAGGUUGCUUUGGAGCAGGAGGAGAAGGCCAAGGCCGCCCUCGACAGAGCCCGCGAGACCGUGCGCCGAUCUCAGACCAUUAUGGCCGCCCCCACCUGGAAGGACAAGGUCAAGGUCGAGGUGCGCGAACAGGAGGAGAAGCGACUCCGUGAUGCCGAGAGUGAGGCUGCUCACUUGGAGGAGCAGAUCAAGGAGUUCGAGAAGCUUCGUCUUGAGUAA